GUGUGGAUCAUUGGGGGUUGCCAGUUGCUGAUGGAAAAUAACGCCUUUGCCUCCACCCUGGCUUCACUUACAUCCGGGGAAAGUGUAGCGUCACCCACUGACAUCUCCAAGAAUCGGCGGACGGUGGUGGUGAGGGAGAACAGGACAGUGCUGACCAGGAUAAAAAGAAAGGGCAUUUUUCUUAAAUAAGACCAGCUUUAAUCGUAUACGUGUGUAUCGGGGACAAGAAGCACUGGAGAGUGAGAGCCCUGGACACAAAUUAGUUGGAAAACAUAACGAAGGAAUUCAAUUCUUUGGGAAGUGUGACGUGACGGGCAGUGUCAGUUUGCGCUGUCACAACUCGCGGAGAACUGAGGUUAGCUAGCAAGUGGGCUAGCUAGCCGGCUAGCUUAGUUGGUCAAAAGGACUGUUCUAUUUUAACUGGGGUCACUGCUCUAAAGGGGACAAGAGCUACCCCAUGUUGAUUGAAUACUAACAAAAGAAGGCACUACAAACAGACCAUUCUUUCUCCUGAGAGCACUUCAGAGCUGCUGGUGGGGCAGGUGAAGACAUGGGGACACCAGGACGGAAACGAGCCCCUAUCAAGGAUCGCUUCUCAGCCGAGGAUGAGGCGUUAAGUAGCAUAGCCCGGGAGGCAGAGGCCAGGCUCGCUGCCAAGAGGGCCGCCCGGGCAGAGGCACGUGACAUCCGAAUGCGGGAGCUGGAACGCCAGCAGAGAGAGCUCUCUCACCAUCACUCGUCCUCCAACAGGAAAUGGGGGCAGAUCCACCAAUGGAUGGCUGACGCUGACAAGGCCCGACAUUCGCAUCGUUCCAGCAGCAGCCAACAACGGCGGGGUCGAGAUGAUGACACAAUGUCAGUCCGUAGCAGUGCCAGCUACCGGUCGACUUCAUCCUCGCUACGCGACUUGGGGAGCUCCAUCCGGAGUCGAACUAGUACCUCCCUCAGGAGGGAUUCGGUGUCUGACAGCCUCUCCAGCAGCUCAGCUCUGAAGAGCUCCCGCUCCACUAGCUCUGUGUACAGCGACUUGCACAACUUGAAGAAGACCUCCAGCACCAGUGGCUCUAGAAAGGACUUGCUGACUGGAUUGUACCACGACCAAAGGAACUACACCAGCUUAAAGAGCUCCAAACCUGCUCCCCCUACUUUCACCACUACUACCACCUCCUCCACCUACCAGCCCCGGGCCCCAUCCAUCACCCCCAGUACAAGUGGCCUGACCCGGAGUCACAGCCUGGCCUCUAUCAAUGAUGACGGUCUCUAUGGUUCCUACACUUCCAGAACUCCGUCUGAAUACAGCUGGUACUCCUCAGCGGCCAGCUCCACCCGCAGCAGCCCUGUGUCCUCCUCUGACGAUGACUCCGGCAGCACGGUGUCCCAGGAGUACCACAAACGCGGACGAAGGGACAGCGUGUCAUCUGAUUUCUCUGACAUCAGUGAGACGGCUGCUGAUUAUUUCAGCCGCACUAAUCGUCGUGGCAGUAUCGUGUCUGACCUGGAUGAUCUGUGUAUCCCUGACCUGGACACCCUGGAUGAAAAAUGUGACAAGCAGUACACCGAGUACAGCCGGCCGUCAUCACGCUGUGCCACCCCAGGGCUGUCUGCGGCUGCUCUGGCGUCACUGGGUGGCACGUCCUCCAGGCGCGGUAGCCAAGAUGGGGGCAGCAUCGCUGAUCCUGAUGCCUCUCUCAGUGAGCUGCGGGAUCUGUAUGAUCUAAAGGACCAGAUUCAGGAUGUAGAGGGGCGCUACAUGCAGGGGCUUAAGGAGCUGAAGGAUUCACUAGCGGAGGUGGAAGAGAAGUAUAAGAAAGCCAUGGUGUCCAAUGCUCAGCUAGACAACGACAAAGCCAACCUGAUCUACCAGGUGGACACGCUCAAGGACGUCAUAGAAGAGAUGGAAGAGCAGUCGUCAGAAAUGAAACGAGAGAUGGACGACAAGGCCAAGGAGUUAGAGAGACAGAAGCACAUGGUGUCAGUGCUGCAGCACAAGCAGGAGGAGCUGAAGGAAGGCAUUCGCCAGAGAGAUGAGCUCAUAGAGGACAAGCAGCAAAUGCAGCAAAAGUUAGAUACCCUCACCCGCGAGGUGUUUGAUCUGCAGGAGACCAUUAACUGGAAGGACAAAAAGAUUGGGGCCUUAGAGAGACAGAAAGAGUACUUUGAUUGCAUUAGGACUGAGAGGGACGAGCUCAGAGAUGAGCUGACCGACCUCAAGGGGAAGUCCAAAUCAGGAGAGAAACACGGCCUGGUCAUCAUCCCAGAAGGCACGCCCAACGGUGACAUAGACCUUGAGCUGCCCGCCUCAGGAAUCACCGUGGUAACGCAGGAGGCAGCACAGGUGCUGGAGUCCGCUGGAGAGGGGCCUCUUGAUGUCAGGUUAAGGAAGCUUGCGGAUGAAAAGGACGAACUCUUAGCACAGAUUCGUAAAUUGAAGAUGCAGGUGGAAGAUGAAAGACAGAAGCACUCCAAGAUGGAAAGUGUGUUUACAGAUGGAGAGAAGAUGGAGAACGGCACUGACCUGCACUUUAUAGAGUAUCAGAGAGAUGCCAACAGACAGAUCAGCGAAUUCAAAUUCAAGCUGUCGAAAGCAGAACAGGAAAUGGGUACAAUGGAACAGAAUAUCAAUAGACUAGAAGGACAAGUGUCGAGGUACAAGGCGUCAGCAGAUAACUCUGAGAAGAUUGAGGACGAGCUAAAGGCAGAGAAGAGGAAACUUCAGAGAGAGCUGCGCACAGCACUGGAUAAGAUAGAGGAGAUGGAGAUGACAAACAACCACCUGGUGAAGCGGCUGGAGAAGAUGAAGGCCAACCGCAACGCCCUGCUGUCUCAGCAGUGAGGGAGAGCUGCCAUACACACACACACACACACACACACACACACAUACAUACAUAUACACACAUACACAUAUACACACACACACACAAACUCCCCCAACCACCCAUCAGCCUCACCCUGGCAACCCCCUGUCCCAACCCCAAAAGAACCAUGUCAACACUCUCUCAUAUCCACUCCCCAAACAGUUGUCAAAGCAGAGAAUUCCCCCAAACCCCACCACCCCCACCCAUCAACCCUCUACAGACUGUUAACCAAACCAAAAACAGACCCCCUAAGCCUGGCAGCACUGGUCUCCCGUCCUCCACGCCUGGCUGUGUCAGGAGGGACACCGGCCUCCACUGUGGUCGUCUUCGGGGGGGAAAGGGAGCUUCAGACCGUCGUGUUUGAGAAGUGGAUUUUUGUUUUGUUUUUUUUCUUCUGAACUUGAGGAAAUUUCAGUUUAUUAAUUUCUUUCUUUUUCCAAAGCUUUGUACAUGAUGAUGUUAUUCAAACUCUGGCGGGGUGCUACAUUAUUUUUUUUUUUUUUUGUCUUUUUUGUGUUGCAAAGUUGCAUGAGUGAAUAUAAGAGCGCUUUAAAACUGUGGACACACACACACACACACACACUCUCAUACUCACACCCUGCUCCCCAUAAACCUGUCCUAAAGCCCCUCACACAGCCCAAGUGCCUUUUCCCUGCAUACAGAGGGCUUGUCGUAACACUACACAGGGAAGGGGAAAAAAAAGAAUUAUGAUUAUUGUAACCAGUACAAAAUGGUGUAUUUACAAGAGGGGUGUAGUUCUGAUUUUCCUGAGAAACAUUUAAAACUAUUUGUCAGCUGCAUUUUCAAUGAGGAUCUUGUUUUAUUUUUAUUUCUUUUCUUUUUUUUUCAAAAAAAAACAAAAUAUUUAAAAUAUUUCUUGGAAAUAAAUGUGUAAAUGAGAAA